UCUAGUAAAUAAAUCCCAUCUUAGGAACAACAUACAAUGAGUAAACAACAUCCUGUAAAAAGAAAGAAAGAAGAUGAUUCUGAGUUUUCGCACAUACCUCCACAACACCAAACUGUAAACAUUUCAUCAGAUGAUACUACAACUUCACAAUAUCUCCCAAAAAAAAACCGUGCACUUUCAUGUUUUAAGAUAAUUUUUGCACCAUUUAAGUGUUUGUUCACUUGUUGUGCUACAUGUGUGUUUGGGCUAGUUACCGCGAUUUUUGCUAUAUGUGCUGGUGCAACUAUAGGAGCCAUAAUAUGGUCCAUUGUAACGCUUUUGAGCAUUAUUAUUGCCAUUGCAUCGUUACCUCUUUUACUUGUGUCUUUUUUAGUCACACGACUACUUCAGUUCAUUAGACAUGGUGAUGACUAUGAUAGUGCAGUCCAUUUUAAGCUCUUCAUUCGCGCUUGGAUAUACACAGGUAUGUCAUCUUUAGUGGUUAUCCUAGCCAUCUUAUAUGGAAUCGCCAAGAAUAAUUCAACCUUAAAACGAGCUGUGUUUAUGGGAUCUCCGCUCUCAAAUUGGAUAGUUAUCUACUUUGUGAUAUUUGGUAUCUAUGUUUUUAAUUGGGCUCUUUCGGUGUUCAUUUACAAGUUUAUACCAAUAGUACCUUUAGAUCACUCAGAAAGUGGUCUAAAUGUACCUGAAAAUGUGCUUGAAAUCAUUGAUUGUUUUAUCUUUUGGUUAGCUCUUUCUGAGGUUUAUAAACGUGUACCUGCUUUCAAAGAUGAUAAAAUCUUUGGAUUAUACACUCGAAAAUGGAUUGAGGUAUCAAUUUUCCUUCUUAUAGCAUAUAACGUCAUUAUAUUAUCUACUCGAUUGAUCGUAAGAUUGUUCAAGUUUGCUGAUAAAAGACUUCAUUCAGGGAGUAAUAAAAAAUCAAGACGUUAUUUAUUCACGGAAAAAAUGAUGCACUUAAGAUAUCUUAUGUAUUGUGCUAAUGGAUUGAAGCACAACAUUGACUUUGUAUUAACCUCACUCAUGCUUCUACUUAUUUGGGUGUUGUAUUUUGGGUCACACUUAAAUGAGUAUGGUACAACUAGGGCGAAAAAGCUUGUGGAAAUUGGAACUUGGACGUGUGUUAGUCUUUUAGUUUGCGCAUUUCUUUGGCUCAUUAAAACUUGUUUAUUAUUGUCAUGGGAGGCUAGUGCAGUAUAUAACAGAUUAGAAACAAAAAUUAUAGAUGGGGGUAAGCAAUUAUAUUUCCUUGGUAUAAUUGGUCGACAUGUUCAUGAUUUUUUCAACCUUCAAUAUGAGAGCACAACAGAUCCGGAAAGGGAAAUGCUUAUGUGCUUAUUUUUCAACAUUUUUCCGAUUGGUGUCAUAAAUAUCGAUUCUCAUUACCAAAGUAGAUCCGAUGUUAUAGAUAGGUGGGUAAGAGAAGAAGAAGAAGAAGAAGAUGAGUCGAAUAAUAAUACUAAGAAAUUAUCGACAAAAAGGAAAAAAAUUGUCAACGCGGAUUUUUUAAUGAAGAAGGGUAGGCCUCCUACAAUGUUUGGUUUACAACAAGGAGCUCACUAUUUUUUAAAAGCUAGAGAAACGUUGAAAAAUGAGAAGUAUACUUCUGACAUCAUGGACAAGUUGAAGAGUUGGAUAGAUUCUUUAGAGCAACAGGCUGUUUCCAAUAAUGGGAAAAUCAAAAAGAAUUUAAUGCAACUUAUAGGAGGUGGUGAACACAAUACGGAUGAUGAAACGAAAGAAAAUGAUGAUUGGGGAUAUUUUGAAGAUCAAAUGCGCGAAUAUGUUGCUAUACCAGAAGAAAUAUCGCUCGAAGAAAUUGAGAAGUGGAUGGAAAGGGCACGCAACCAUUGUUUAUUCCUCGCAAAUACAUUAGCAAGUGCCAAAGAAGUUGUGGAUUGUUUAAACAAAAUUAUGAGCUGGCUUCUAAUUGUUAUAACUUUUAUAUUGUGGUUGCUUCUCACUGGAUUUGCUACCACACAAGUACUUGUUCUCAUUGCAUCACCAUUGCUAGCUGCAACCUUUAUAUUUGGAGAUUCUUGCAAGACCCUAUUUCAAGGCAUUAUCUUUGCAUAUGUGGUGCAUCCUUUUGAUGUUGGUGAUCUCUGUAUCAUUGAUGAAAACAUGAUGGAGGUUAGAACAAUUGGUGUUUGGAUAACUACCUUCUCAAAAGUUGGUACACGAGAGGAAGUGAUAUAUCCAAAUUCAGAUUUAUCCACCAAACAGAUUAUCAACCACAAGACAGAUUUUGAUUGGAUUGACCAUGUACAACUCGACGUCUCGUCAUUGGAAAAAGAAAAAAUUAGGGAUCUCAAACAAGAAAUUGAAUUAUAUCUUGGUGAUCCGAACAAAUUCACACCUGGUUACAACUGUGUAGUGAUGCUGAGAACUGGAAGCAACAUCAAUGUAACUGUUAGUUUUAAACACAAUGUGAAACUUAAAAAUGGCACCUACUUUCAGUGUUACAAAGAGAAGCACAGGCUACGAUCUGAGUACAAUGAUCACUUACAAAAUCUUGUGGAUUCAAAGAAAGAAACUCAGAAAAACAGAUCAAUUGAUACUUCCAAUUUAGAUGAUCAUGAUAUAUCUGCAGCAAGUUGAGCAAAACACAAGAAACUUAUGGUCGUCCUGAUCACAAGGUAUAUGUUUUACACGAGGGUAAAUGAUGUAGACGGAAUUCGAUCCCAAGUCUUGAGCACCAUCUCCCGAGACUUUAACCAACUAAACUAGUCGACAUCCACACAGGAGAUAUGUUUCUAUAAGUUGUAAAAUUCCAGGUGUUUGAGUUGUCUAGUUAGCGUGGAAUUGCUUGCACAAAUUCUAUUUUGUUCAGUUUCUAUUGUAGAAAAAUCAACUGAUUGUUGUAAAUUUUUGAGUGGCAAAAUAUAUUUUCAUAUGGA